AUGCCUCUCAAGCGAGAUCAUUUCGAUGAUCGGAGCCGAUUCCUCUCCUAUCCCACGCAUAAAGUCAAUCGCCUCCUGGAGCCUGGGCCUGUGGUCCUCGUCACCACCGGGUCUCUAGCCGAUCGGACGCACAAUAUCAUGACAAUGGGCUUUCACAUGAUGAUCCAGCAUGAGGAACCAACACUGGUCGGCGCAUGUAUUGGACCGUGGGACAAAAGCUUUGACAACCUGAAAAGAACCGGCCAAUGCGUGCUUGCAGUACCUGCUGCGGAGCUGCUGGAGCAGGUGGUUGAUAUUGGCAAUUGCAGUGGCGAAACGGUGAAUAAGUGGGAUGCAUUCAAAAUGAUCCCUGUGGAGCCACCGGAAUCGCCGUUACCGCCAGAGACUGAUCCAGAACGCGAAGAUGGAGAAGGAAAGGGGCAGGGUUACAUGAGGCUGGAAAGGACUGCCCGUGCGCCACUGGUUGGCGGGAAAGAUAUCAUGGCCAAUAUCCAAUGUGUGGUUCAUGAUCGAGCGUUGGUGGCGACGUACCACUUGUGGAUACUGCGGGUUGUCCGCGCAUGGGUGAACAGAGACCUGGACUUGAACUAUGGGCAGAGCAAUCAGCAACUAGAAGAGCCCUGCGGUGCUGUUGGUGGCGGGAAGAGGCAGAUGAGGAUGGUGCACCAUCGUGGGGACGGGAGGUUUGUGGUGGAUGGGGAGGAGCUCGACAUGAGGGAUAGGAUGAUCAAAUGGGAGGAGUUUCAGGACUAAGCCUGUCAGAAACACUAGGUUUCAUCCACCCAUUGUUUGGUCAUGGUACCUGUCUCAGAUAUCCCUCUGCAUACAGGGUGAAGCCGCGUUCCUGGACCCAACAGUGGGAGCCACCUGUGGCUGGUCAGCAGAUCAAAGGAAUCAUGCAGGUGAGAGGCACUAUGACAGUUCAAGCACCUCAUCCGCUUAAGCAGAAUGUGCGAAACGUCUAGAACAAUACCUCUGUUGGUAUAGUCUUUCCUGAAAUUGCGCUCGUAGCAGAUCCGCACAGCUGAGCGGCAAACGCCGCACCAACACGUUGGUUUGCGGAAGUUUGCGUUGGUGGCUAU